CCUAUGCAUGUAAACUGAAAAUAAUUGCGCAAUAUAUAACGAUGUUUUAUCUUAUCAUUCAACCAGCAACCGAAUGAGCAUUGACUAAUCCUUUUUGAAUAUUAACUUUAAGAAUACGUUCUCUCUGAAAGUAUCCGUUACCAUGGCACCCACGAGGACCUAACAUUGAAGUUUCAAAGGUGAUAUUUUGUUGGCAGUGUUUUCAGUACAAGUGAACAUAUUUCAUCAAAAGUCGGAUUUUAAACCCCCAAAAAUGGAAGAUUUCAACAAUAUUUCUUCGUCCCGAUCGUCCUCGGAACGACCCCAAUCAAGGAGAGGUGGUGGCAUGGGAACAGGCAGCGUUUUCAACACUUUUAACGAUUCCGCCUCACCGAGUCCAAUUGGAAUCCUGAGACCGGGAACGGCUGUUAAGGCCCCAUCGGCCAUCCGAGGAGGGACGGCAAGCCGACUGGUGGCCAACAAUGUCCUCUCAACGAAUUCAUCCGCAUCGGCCCAGAGAAUUGGAACGGCGCUGGGAAAUGCUGGAAAUCGAAUGACCGACCGACCCAUAACCCAACAUGGAAUCAGCGGUCUUUCGACGUCCUACGGUCGUGUAACAACGGCCAGCGGUAAUCGUCAAAUAAAAGACAAGCGUUACUGGCAAGCCGUUUUACAAAGCAAAAUACAAGAAAUUUCGAACGAAACUGACAAAAUACUCAAGGAGAAAAAGUUCUUGGAUCGCGAGAAAUCCGCUCGUAAAUUAUACGAAAAAAAGGUCAAAGAAGCUGCCAAAGAGCUAACCCAACUGCAAUCUACCCUGACUUCUAUGAACAUUGCCCUGGAUAAUUGUAGCUCUGGAAUGACACGCCAGCAGUUACACAAUGAAACUGUUGUGCUGCGUGAGCGCAACGAGCACAUUCAAGAACAAUUGGAAAUCGUGUUCAAGCAGCGUCAAAUCAAGGACGUUGAGAACAGAGAGCUUGAAGUGCAGGUUGAUAAGGAGAAAAACAAAAUCAAUGACAUGAUUUAUUCGUUGCCGGAAAACGAACAGCAAAAAUAUCGUGAAUAUCAAGCCUUAUCGGAAUCACUCCGUCAGCAAAACACCAUUUAUCACAAUCAAAUAAGCGACUUGGAAAAACAAAAGGAAAGAUUAAAUACGGUCAUCAUGAAUUCUCAGUCUCGCACCGAGGCUCAUCGAUUGAAAUCAAAACUUAAAGAGCUCAUUGCAAAACGCAAUCAAAUGCUGGACGAAGAAAACAAUCGUUUGUCGCCGGCACAGGAACGGGAGAAACUUAUCAAUGAGGUUCGAUCAAACAACCAAGCUCUAGCCAGCAUUGGAAAACAGUUGAAAAUUAUUGAAGACCAGCUUAAUGAGAAGAAGGAACUUAUGCAACAAAUCGAUCAAGACCUGGAAGAAGGCAACUCGGAGCGUCACAUCAAGUAUAAAGAAUUGAAAAAGCGUGACGAAGUUAUGUCAUCAUUCAUGGAUACAUUUCAACAAAGUUUGGCCAUCGAAAAACAAAAUGUCGAAGCUCUCAAGAACCAAAUAACUUAUGCUAUCGAACAAAUCACGCUGCAGGGGAUCAAUAUGAAGUCACUGGGAUCGGAUAAACUUGACAGCUCUGGUUUCACCGCCAAAAACGACUUGAACUCGCAUGCCGGCCUCAUGAAAGAAUACAAAAAGCUCAGCAUUCAAUUGAAACAACUGCAAAUAUUGGAGAAAAGAACCAUCAGUCAACUAAACGGGUUACGUCAGGAGGAAAACGAUGCGCUGAACAACAUUCAAAAGUUUAGCAAUCUCGAGGCACCGCGAUCGGAGGCAACGAUCAAAAUGAGCGAUCUAUCGGGAACGUUGCAAGAGUUGGAAGACAAAAAACGUGUCACGGAAAACGUGGUUGAUGAGGCGCAGAAACGUAACCAGGAGAUCAAAAUCAAUUUGAAGAGUAAUGAAACCUAUCGGCAGAUUUCUCAUUUAGAAGAUAAGCUGAUCGAUCUGAUGAAGGAGAACAAAAAUCUCCAGGAAGUUGUUGAACAGCUUCAGAAGGAAUGUGAUUAUUCAAUUUCGCAGAAGGAGGUGAAGGAACUUUUGAAUGAACACAACAAUCUGUUGUGUUCCGAAACCAACAACAAUGUGGUCAACCGACUUUUGUAAGCUUGUGUGUGUAUUUAUUUCAGGUUUGAAGCUUCAUUUUUUAAAUAAA